AAAUAUUUAUCGGUGUUCCGACUUCCUGACUUCUGACCAUCUCCAUCGCCUUUUCAUCUGUAGCUCACUCACGCGAACGAGAUCAAGCAAAGAUCGGUGGAUUCCUGCAUCGGGAAGUUAGAAUGAAUCCUGAGGAACUUAGGCACUUUGAAGAUGAAGAGAGUGGUACAAUGAAAACUAUAAAAGGGGCAACCACAGGACUUGCUGCUGGUACUAUUUGGGGCACGAUUGUUGCUACCUGGAAUGAUGUACCGCGUGUUGAGAGGAGAGUGGCACUUCCUGGUUUGAUCCGAACGCUGAAGAUGAUGGGUAGCUAUGGAGUGACAUUUGCUGCAAUAGGUGGAGUCUACAUUGGCGUAGAGCAGGUGGUGCAGAAGUAUAGGAUGAAAAGAGACUUUGUUAAUGGAGCUGUUGGCGGAUUUGUUGCUGGUGCUUCUGUUUUAGGAUUCAAAGGGAGGAGCAUUCCAACUGCACUCUCUGCCGGGGCCGCACUCGCCUUCACAUCUUCAGUCAUUGAUAUUGGAGGCCAGACCACAAGAGUGGACAAUGGCAAGGAAUACUACGCAUACACGGUCAAGAAAAGGCCCAGCAGCGUGAAUUGAGCUGAGCUAUCCUAAGCCUCACAUCUUGUGCCAUUCUAUUCCGAAACAUGUAAUGUGCUGCUUGCGGGAUCCGUCGCGACUUUGCUUGCUGUGCCAUUGUCAAAGCUGAACAAAUGGUUUAAUAAAUUUUUGUGGGAUUCCCGGCGGAUGGAUGUUACCUGAUAAUCAUGUUUGAUUUGUCGUUGGUUUUCUGUUUUAAUGUAAUGGGAAUGGCAGUGAGAGACAUCCUUUGUUGUUAACUUGUAAAGUUGAAAGAAUGAGCUGGAAUUAUGAGGAAUUCUUGGGAAAUUUUAAUA